GUGAGGGGCCGUGAGGGGCCGUGAGGGCCGCGCCCGCCGCCGCAGGAUGCCGAGCGCCGCCGGCCGCGGGCACGGCCAGGACCGCCGCCCGGACAACGAGGACUCGUCGGCGGCUGAUGAUUAUGCUAAGGAAAGAUAUGGAGUGUCAUCAAUGAUACAAUCCCAAGAGAAACCAGAUAGAGUUUUGGUUCGUGUAAAAGACUUGACAUUGGAGAAAGCUGAUGAAGAGGUUUGGGUUCGUGGCAGAAUUCACACCAGCAGAGCUAAAGGGAAGCAGUGUUUCUUAGUCCUGCGUCAGCAGCAGUUUAAUAUCCAGGCUCUUGUGGCUGUGGGACAGCAUGCAAGCAAGCAGAUGGUAAAGUUUGCUGCCAACAUCACUAAAGAGAGCAUUGUGGACAUCGAAGGCGUUGUGAGGAAAGCAUAUCAGAAAAUCGGAGGGUGUACUCAGCAAGACGUUGAGCUUCACGUUCAGAGGAUCUAUGUGAUCAGUUCAGCUGAACCCCGGCUGCCCUUACAGCUGGAUGAUGCUGUUCGACCAGAAGUGGAAGGAGAGGAGGAUGGAAGAGCUACUGUAAACCAAGAUACAAGACUGGACAACAGAAUCAUUGAUCUAAGGACCUCCACUAGUCAGGCAAUCUUCUGCCUUCAGUCUGGUAUUUGUCAGCUUUUUCGAGAAACUCUUAUUCGCAAGGGAUUUGUGGAAAUUCAGACUCCCAAAAUCAUUUCAGCUGCCAGUGAAGGAGGAGCCAAUGUGUUUACUGUAUCCUACUUCAAAACCAGUGCCUACCUGGCUCAGUCCCCACAGCUGUACAAGCAGAUGUGUAUAUGUGCUGACUUUGAAAAGGUUUUCUGCGUUGGGCCAGUAUUUAGAGCUGAGGACUCCAAUACACACAGACACCUGACUGAGUUUGUUGGUCUGGAUAUUGAAAUGGCUUUUAAUUAUCACUAUCAUGAAGUGGUAGAUGAGAUUGCAGAUACCUUGGUGCAGAUAUUCAAAGGGCUUCAGGAAAGAUUCCAAACUGAAAUUCAGACAGUGAGCAAACAGUUCCCAUGUGAGCCAUUUAAGUUUUUGGAGCCAACUCUGAGGCUGGAAUACCGUGAAGGUGUGGCUAUGCUUCGAGAGGCUGGUGUGGAGAUGGGUGAUGAAGAGGAUCUCAGCACACCUAAUGAAAAGCUCCUGGGACGCCUGGUAAAGGAAAAGUACGAUACAGACUUCUAUAUUCUUGACAAAUAUCCUCUUGCUGUGAGGCCUUUUUAUACAAUGCCAGACCCAGCCAACCCUAAAACCUCUAACUCAUAUGAUAUGUUCAUGAGAGGGGAAGAGAUCUUGUCUGGAGCUCAGAGAAUUCACGACCCCCAGCUGCUGACAGAAAGAGCCAAGCAUCAUGGCAUUGAUUUGGAGAAAAUAAAGGCUUAUAUUGACUCCUUUCGGUUUGGUGCACCUCCACACGCAGGUGGUGGAAUAGGGCUGGAGAGAGUAACCAUGCUGUACCUGGGGCUGCACAAUGUCCGCCAGACCUCCAUGUUCCCCAGGGAUCCCAAACGCCUGACGCCCUGACAUGAGCUGCUCUGAGAGUUGGGAAUGCUCUGCCCUGCAAAUAGGCAUAGCCUCUGCUGCUGAUGAACGUGUAUUGAUUGAUUUGAGCAUUAUGAUAUGCAAUUAAAAACAAAAUUCUCCUUUAUUAAGUGCCACAGUAAUUUUUUUUAUCCUUAGUUGUUUAUUUAAAGGAAAAUAUUUUAACAGAUCAAGACUCUUUGUAUUGGCAAGGGCAUGUUUUUAAUGAAAAUGGGAUACUUUGAAUUAGUACUUUAGUGCCACAUUAAAUUGUAUCGUUUUUCUAAACAUUUUAAUAAAUUAUGCAAUAACCAUUUUGCAUUUUUCACUUAUGUCAGCAAGAUUGAAUAUUGGGAAGUACUGGCUCCGAGAUAAAGUGACUGGAUGCUUGCAACUUAAAAAUCUGGAGAGACCAGCCAGUUGAUAAUUUACAUUAGUGUCAGGAAGGGAAGCAGGUGAGAACGUUCUUAACAAGAAAUCUUCGUAAGAAGUUGUUAAAAUAGGUUGAAAUAAAGCUCUCAAAGCAAAGUUGAUA